CUGCUAUAAGAGCGCCGCGGGGACGGCCUCCCCCCGUGCAUGUCUCCGGCUGCCGCCUCUGCUCCUCGGCUCCCCGCCCGCAGCGCCUGCCUGCCCGCGCACCCUGUCCCCGGCGCGGCGAUGCGGCUGGACCGGCAGCCCGGAGACCCGAGCGCCUCGGCCGACAGGCGGGGCGCGGAGCGGCGGGGGGUGCCGCGCUGCUGGGCGCUGCUGCUGCUGCUCGCCCUUGGCUGCCUGCGCGCCGCCGCCGACGGUGCAAGAGCAAAAUGUGAAGAAUCCCAGUUUGCAUGUGGUAAUGGACGCUGUAUUCCUGAAAUCUGGAAAUGUGAUGGUGAUGAAGACUGUUCAGAUGGCAGUGAUGAGCGUGCUUGUGUGAAGAAGACGUGUGCCGAAUCUGACUUUGUGUGCCUCAGUGGUCAAUGUGUGCCUAACAGAUGGCAGUGUGAUGGGGAUCCGGACUGUGAGGAUGGCUCUGAUGAGAGCUCCGAACUGUGCCACACAAGAACGUGCCGGGUAAAUGAAAUCAGCUGUGGUCCUCAGUCAACUCAGUGUAUCCCAGUGUCCUGGAAAUGUGAUGGUGAAAAAGACUGUGACAGUGAAGAAGAUGAACAGAAUUGUGGCAAUGUGACUUGUAGUCCAGCAGACUUCACAUGCAGCAGUGGGCAAUGUAUUUCCAAGAGCUUUGUCUGCAAUGGUCAAGAUGACUGCAGUGAUGGUAGUGAUGAGCUGGAGUGUGCGCCUCCUACCUGUGGAGUUCAUGAGUUCCAGUGCAAGAGCUCGACUUGCAUUCCCCUCAGCUGGGUGUGUGAUGAUGAUGCUGACUGCUCUGACCACUCAGAUGAGUCUCUAGAGCAAUGUGGCCGCCAACCUGCACCUUCUGUGAAGUGCUCUGCCAGUGAGGUGCAGUGUGGCUCAGGUGAAUGUAUCCACAAAAAGUGGCGCUGUGAUGGAGAUCCUGACUGCAAGGAUGGAAGUGAUGAAAUCAACUGCCCUUCUCGGACCUGUAGACCAGACCAGUUCAGAUGUGAAGAUGGGAACUGCAUCCAUGGGAGUAGACAGUGCAAUGGUGUGAGAGAUUGUCUGGAUGGUACAGAUGAAGCAAAUUGUAACAAUGUUAUUCAGUGCUCUGGACCUGGAAAAUUCAAGUGCAGAAGUGGAGAAUGUAUAGAUAUCAAUAAAGUGUGUAACCAGCAGAGAGACUGCAAGGAUUGGAGUGAUGAGCCCCUCAAGGAGUGUAACAUCAAUGAAUGUCUGGUGAACAAUGGUGGAUGCUCUCAUAUCUGCAGAGAUCUCAUUAUUGGCUAUGAAUGUGACUGUCCAGCUGGGUUUGAGCUUCUGGACAGGAGGACCUGUGGAGAUAUUGAUGAAUGUCAGAAUCCUGGUAUAUGUAGUCAGAUCUGUAUCAACCUGAAAGGGGGCUACAAAUGUGAAUGUAGCCGUGGCUAUCAGAUGGAUCUUGCUACUGGGGUGUGCAAGGCAGUUGGGAAAGAGCCAAGUCUAAUUUUCACCAACCGCCGGGACAUAAGGAAGAUUGGCCUUGAGAGAAAAGAAUACAUUCAGCUUGUAGAGCAGCUAAGAAACUCUAUAGCCCUAGAUGCUGAUAUUGCUGAGCAAAAGCUUUACUGGGCAGACUUCAGCCAAAAAGCAAUCUUCAGUGCCUCUAUUGAUACCCGUGAUAAAGUUGGAACACACAUCAGAAUCCUGGACAACAUACACAGUCCUGCAGGAAUUGCUGUUGACUGGGUUUAUAAGAACAUCUACUGGUCAGACUCAACUGCAAAGACCAUUUCAGUGGCUAGCCUAGAUGGCACAAAAAGAAAGGUUUUGUUUCUCUCUGAGCUGAGAGAGCCAGCUUCUAUUGCUGUAGAUCCUAUCUCUGGCUUUAUGUACUGGUCAGACUGGGGUGAGCCAGCAAAAAUUGAAAAAGCAGGAAUGAAUGGAUUUGACAGACAGCAGCUUGUGACAACAGAAAUCCAAUGGCCUAAUGGAAUUGCUCUAGAUCUUGUAAAAAGCCGCCUGUACUGGCUUGAUUCCAAACUACACAUGCUGUCAAGUGUGGACUUGAAUGGCCAGGAUCGUAGAAUUGUGCUGAAGUCACAUAUGUUCCUUCCUCAUCCUCUUGCUCUAACCAUUUUUGAGGACCGUGUGUACUGGAUUGAUGGAGAGAAUGAGGCAGUCUAUGGUGCCAACAAAUUUACUGGAACUGAUUUGGUUACCCUUGUGAACAACCUCAAUGAUGCACAGGACAUCAUUGUGUAUCAUGAACUUGUUCAGCCUUCAGGCAGGAACUGGUGUGAAGAGCACAUGACAAAUGGAGGCUGUAGCUACCUGUGCCUGCCUGCUCCUCAGAUAAAUGAACAUUCUCCAAAGUACACCUGUGCAUGUCCUGCUGGGUACUUCUUGCAGGAGGAUGGUCUGAGAUGUACAGUUUCAGGUACUGGAACAACUGUGGCUUACACUGAGGCUAAAGAUACCAGCACAACAGAAAAAUCUCCAACUGUUGGACUAGUUCCUGGAGGAUUCAACACUAGUGGCGCAACCUCUGAAGUAUCUGCAGCUGGAAGAACAUCAGCAGCUUGGAUCAUUCUUCCUGCUGUGUUGCUGAUGAUGGCUGCAGCAGCUGGCUACUUUAUGUGGCGUAACUGGCAGCACAAGAACAUGAAAAGCAUGAAUUUUGAUAAUCCAGUUUACCUAAAAACCACAGAAGAGGACCUCACAAUUGAUAUUGGAAGACACAGCGGUUCAGUAGGACACACCUACCCUGCAAUAUCUGUUGUCAGCACAGAUGAUGAUAUGGCAUGAGCACUGGAUCAGCAAUCACUUUCAGUUUACUUGUGUCUUACACUCUUUGGGGAUAGUAACCAGGUUUGUGGCUGAAGGACUUCCUCCAUUCUUGGAAGAAAGAAGAUACUUUCUGUAUUUAUGGAACACUUGUGUAAAUAGUUAUUUUCUACAGCUUAACAACUCUGUAAAUACCUGUCCACAACAAUUCAGCUGUUAGUGGUUACGGUUUUAUCAGUAACCCUUGGGUUGGUUAGUCAGUAACAUCACUGACCAAAUAUAAAGCACUUUCCAUAGAAAGCCAUAUUCCAGCCACAACUUGUAACACCUGUAUAUAUGUCUAUAGGCCACUUGUAAAUAAUUAUUGGAAAAUCACUAUCAAGCACUUUGAAAUACUUCAGAUGUAAAUUAUUGUACACUCUCUUUUUCAAUGAUUGGGGCAAUGGCAAUAGGAAAAAACGGGUUAUUAUGAUUGCCAAAAAUUUGUAAACAUAAGUAAUUUUAUAUGUAUGAUUGCUUCAAUGUUGUCUGUUACCUCUUAGAGGUCUACAAGAAUGAAUGAUCUUAAGAUACCACUGUAAAACUCAAAUGCAGCCAAGGGGAUAAAAAUAAAAUGAGUCAAGCAGUUAAA